AACCGCCCGGUUCCCUGCUGUUGCAACUAGGAUACACACUAUGAAGGCAGCAUCAGCACCCACGGCACUGCUUGCGCUGGCAGUUCACCUUGAACAAUCCGCUGCUUUCGUAGCCCCCUGCAGCGGCGGGUUCCUGCGAAAAGGUGUUUCUACUCGCCAAUGCUCGACAGCAACAGCAGUAGCGACCAUGUCGCUCGACAACAACUCCGCUCGGUUAGCCCUGGGGACGUUUCUAGCGGGCGCCUCGGUGCUAUUCUCGGGAGGGGAGGCCGCUCUGGCUGACGGAUCGACGACGAAGUUUAGCCUCCCUCCCGUCAGUCAGGGCAGGGACAGGUGCCUGUUCAAGAGCAGUGCUAUGGGACAGGCGAAUGCCGCCAGGGAUAAGCUGUACGACCUACGAGAGUGCGACAUGAGCGGGAAAUCGGCGGCCGGUUUCGACCUGAGCGGCGUCAUCGCUUCUGAAGCAAACUUCUCCAAGGGCGACUUCAAGGAGGUCGUCAUGUCCAAGGCGUACGCACGGAGCUCCAACUGGGAAGACGCUGACUUCACUAACGCGGUCGUAGAUAGAGUUUCUUUCGACGGCUCUUCCAUGAAGGGAGCGAUUUUCCAGAACGCGGUUCUUACGAGCACGAGCUUCACGGGAGCGGACGUGGAAAAUGCCGACUUCACGGAGGCGUACAUGGGUGACUUCGACCAGAAGAACUUGUGCAAGAAUCCUACCCUCAAGGGCACCAACCCCGUCACCAAUGCGGAUACGAGGGCCAGCGCUGGAUGCCGAAGUCUAUGAGCGCUGCAAGUGCCAUCGAUCUCAACAUUAGUUUAGCGCGGUCCUGUACGCACGUGCUAUCAGGUCCCGCCUUUUUUUCUCUCAGUAGAAGUGCUGUGAGGAGCAGCCUCUGCAAUAGGAUCCCGGCCGCCGGAGGUAACUCAGGGCAAUAGCAGCAAGAUCGUUUGUUCUUCGCGCUUGUCCCUUGAGUGUUCCCGCUUGUAUGGAAGAGCGCCACGCUGUGAUUAUCGUGACGUUCUAGCGUGUAGGGUUCAAGGUUGCGAAUGAAACACGUCGUUGGCUGGAAAUAUUUUGGCUCGCUAUUCUCGUUCAUGACUAGAUUUGUUGCCCACUUCGGCUACUCGUAAGGCAGUGUGGACUGACGCUGCAUUCAACGCAACAUGCCUGCCUUUUUGCCAGUUUGCGGCACUUCUUUCGUGUAGUAAGCUUGGACGUGAUGGCGUUUUGCAGAGCAGCAGACUUUUCUCCAAGGGUAGAUUCGGGUUAUGGGGUGAAAUAGAGGCGAUGAUAUGUCAAGUGUCACGAAUAGAGCCCUGGUGUGCGGACAGGCGAACAAGAGCACCAUGGAGAGAGCUCGUGUGAGGGAAUAGCUCAUCGAACACGCUCGCACAUCACUGCUUGUCGCGGGGCGAUAGUGGGCGCACCGCUUGCCGCAGCGGCGCGAGCCAAAAGUAUCCGUUUUUCAUUCAGUUCACUCCGAAGAGUACCUUGUUUUUUUUUUACCCGCCUUGCCGUGCACAGCGAUGCCUCCUCCCACCUGGAGGCCACAGAUUUCUGGGUGUUCGAAGUGUAGUUGAUGUGGGACAACUCGGUCGACAGCUAUAGCUGGAAGUCCAACGCAGUUUCUACCAACCUUCGUAGCAUGACUCUACCAUGCACGGGUUGUCGAGAAGUUGGGUUCGAAAUGAACAAGUGCUAACCCUAGCCGAGUCAUCUUACGGCGGGCCAGCAGUUCAAUUGGAAUUGGCCAUGGUUGCAUGAUACUUCAAGGGAGAGGGGUUGAACAACGAAUAAUGUGGGAACGGAUCUUAAGCCCUCCUCGACUCCAAAGGCCUGGUCGCACAGAGUGUCGUAGCCUGGUUCAUGUGUACACAGCAUGCAUGUAGUGAUGUGGCUACGAUAGGGUUCUUCUGGUGAUUCUUCUUGUGGUCUUUGAGGAAAGCACAUCACACAAAGAAGGGCCCCGACUCAUGAAAAUGUGCUGAGAAGGUGGUCGCAGUGAAAAGUCACGACGAAGGCGAACACGCACGAAACGUCUAAGUAUAUGCCGAAAAGCAACAAAACUCAAAUCCGACCACAUUGACAAGCCUUUUUCAUUGGUCAACAAGCGCGCGUGGUGGACACACAUAUUCCCACACCGCUUCGACCACCCAACUGAUCCUUACACAAAGCAUGGUGGCGAGCACGCGAAGCGUCGUCCUGGAAAGGAGGCCUGACCUGCCACUGUACGGCCUUCGAACUGUACGCCAUCUUCGUGCCGGCAAGAACAACGACCACGACAUUCGGCUCUUGCUUUCGACAUCGGCGGGGAGGCUCCAGAAGAAACGUGACACGCAAUCAUUGCUUCAGACUCCAACCAAGGUUCGCAGCAGCCAAGCCAUGCCCCACCGAGAUCGAAUAGCGAUCGGCAAGGCCAUCGUCGAUCGCCCCCGAAGGGACGACCAUUGGGUCACUACGGAUA